GGUCGCGACGGUGUGCCGGAGCCUCGUCGACCAGGGCCCGUGUCCUGUGUCCGUCGCGCGCAGGUGUCGUGUCGCAGCUGCAGAUGCCGAGUGACAGCGCGCGGUCUGCUCGCCGCGUCAGGUGACACGGACUCCAGCCGGUGACUAGUGCGCCAGCGAAGUGUCUCGUCGGCGAAGACGCGUGGUGCGGUGUUCCGUCGGCACUUAAGACUGCCGUUGCAACCAUUUUACUUUCGCCGCGGUUUCGACUCACUAGUGAUUAACUUAAAAAAAAGGACAAUUUUUGAUACCGGCGUGCAACAAGUAACAGUCAAGCACGUCAUCUGUGAAUGAUUCUGGGAUAUUAAUUCAUUUGGAAUGUCAAUGCUGUCUUUUAUAGCCGGGGGGUCGCGGCGCAGCAGCCGCGAGGAGCCGGGCAGGUCGCGGCGCAGCAGCCGCACUGAGGGCUCGCCCAGCCCCACCCCGCCCCGCCCUCGCGCCCCGGGCGUCCUGCGCCGCUUCCUCAGGAGAGCCUGGGAGAAGGUGAAGGGCGGGGAGGCGGGCCGCUACCCGGAGGAGCAGUUCGACUUCAUGGACGACCCGGAGCUCGAGGACUUGGAGACGCCGCCCCGGUACCGCCCCGAGAGCUUGGAGUCGCUGUGCCGCGCCACGCGCUUCACCGAGGACGAGCUCAAGAGGAUCUACCGCGGCUUCAAGGCCGAGUGUCCCACGGGCGUGGUGCGCGAGGAGACCUUCAAGGGCAUCUACUCGCAGUUCUUCCCCAAGGGAGCUAACACCAGCCAGUAUGCUCACUACGUCUUCAACACCCUCGACCAAGACCACAGUGGACUUCUCAGCUUUGAAGACUUCGUCCAGGGGCUGUCGGUGCUGUCCCGAGGCUCGCUAGAGGAGAAGCUGCGCUGGACAUUCUCGCUGUACGACAUCAACGGCGACGGCUGCAUCACGAAGGAGGAGAUGACCGAGAUCGUGUCGGCCAUCUACGACCUCAUGGGCAAGCUGGCGGAGCCCUCCGUGGACGACGGCACGGUCAGGGAGAAGGUGGACCGCAUAUUCCAGAAGAUGGACAUCAACAAGGACGGGGUGGUGACGCUGGAAGAGUUCCUGGACUGCUGCAUGUCCGACGAGGACAUCGCCCGCUCCAUGGCCGUGUUCGACUCGGCCUUCUGACACUCGCCCAAGGUCGCUCGGCGACCCCCGCCCCACUGGACCUGAGCGUCGGCGUCGAGGACCUUCCGUCGGGACCUCCGCUCCUCCAACUGGAGGCUCCCGGACAUCACGCGACUCCGCCGAACCACUUCACGUUUCUGUGGCGUCCAGCAGCUCAUCGCUGUUUGCAGUCCAUGGGGGACCUUUUUUGUGUUCUGAAGCUGUGCUAAACACGCGCUUCUUGCCACGUGCAACACGUUAAACAUCUCUGUGUUUCCCCCUUCCCCCCCCCCUUCCUCCGAGUUGUAAGGAACAUAUCAUCACGUGUCUGACCUGUGGAAUCUUCGUGUUUGGAAGCAGGUAGUCCCAGAAAAUAGCAAAUAUUUCCAGAUGAUGAUUUUCUUACUGUUGGUUUUCGCGGAUCAAACUUUGCUUCGAUGUUAUCACAGUUACUGUUAAAAAUAUUUUUUAAUGUAGCCUUAUAACAUUUUAAAAAUCUCGUAUUAAAUAAAACGGAUGGAUUGAUAAAAAAAAUUUAAUACAGAAUACUAAUGGGUGCAUUAACUAUCGUCGAGAUUGAAAUUUAUCUCACAAAUUUCACUGGCUACGUACUAUAAAGAUAUGCGAUAUUUGCAUAUAGGUACUAGUAUUAUUAUUUAAGUGGGUUUUUAUUGUCAUGAUCUUCAUUGUGUGCUUAACAUAGCAGCCUACGAUAACUUUUAAUCAAGUGGCCUUGAACAAAUUCCUGGUGAGCUACCUUUCCAGGAUUGGGUAUUUUAUUUUAAGAUUCUAUGAAAUAGUUUCUGUUAUUUUUAUGAGUUAUGUGGUAGCCAGCUUAAAUGCAUUAAGAAGAGGGCGUCACCAAACAAUGUAUUAGCAUAGUUACUACUUUUACAAAAGGUGGUAAAAAUAAGAAAUGACUCAGGAAUAGGCGAGUUCGUGUUUUGAAAAAUAUUGACAAAACAUAAUAUUAGAUAUCUCAUGACUAUAGAUAGAAAAUAAUAAUAAUAAUAUUAAUUGCCUUUUGCAAAAAGUUUUUUUUUUUACUCAAAUGGUUUCGAAAUCAUUAAGUGAAACACUUUAUAUAUAUAUAUAUAUAUAUAUAUAUAUAUAUAUAUAAUAAAAUCAGCUAUAAUAGUAUACAUUUAAAGUUCGUAAAACAAAAUGUUCAGCUUCUAGUAACGUAUCUUAAAUUCCAAUCAUAAAUAGUUUAUAGCUGUGCUCUAACACAACUGAACCUCGAUGUAAGUUAUUUCUGGCGAUAAAUAAUGACCAAAAGAAAGUAACGAAUUUUUUCGAGCGUUGAAUGCUAAAUAUACUUUCAUUUGUUUACUUGCCACUAUUGAAAUCAUGCUCAUUUAUACUUUAAAAUAAUUAAGUUACUUCAUAAAAUAUAUCAUAUAAAAUAGCAUACAAAAAGUUAACUUAUUUAAUAGGUUAGCAAUAAACAUAUUUUAGAUACCCACAUUAUGCCACUGUCUUCCACAUCUAUGUUGACCAAUAAAAGGUUUUAACAGAUAAUCAAAUUGCGAGUAUUAUGACCUACUUAGAUUGUAUAGUCCUUGUGACAAUGUUUAUCUGUCUUGAAUAGUAUUUAACGGCUUUUCGAAAUGUCAUUUCGGAAAGUAGUCCACGAAGUUAUAACCAACGAAGAUAUGCGAAAAAAAAUCCAGCAUCCUUCCAGCCAGCCUUCCGAUUGGCUGUUAGGCAUUCUCGUUUCCUAAAUGCCCAACACUUCACAGAACACCUGUUGGAUGCGUGCUGUUGUAGGCAUUUAUUUCCUUCACUCAUCUUGCCACUGGCGAUAUGAGAAAGCAAAGAAGUAGGCUAGCUAAACUUACAACUCCUUUUCUAGCCGACUUCGACCGUGUCAUGUAUUUUUGGGCCAAACCAAAAGUAAACGUACUGUUGAUCAGAUUAUGUCCGAAGACUAUAGGUACGUUUCUUCAUCUGUCUGCAGGAUUAUAUACACUGUGAGUGGUGACGAAGUGGAAUAAAGAAAGGAGCUGUUGAGUGGCGUUAUUUGGAGUAAAAUGUGUUACGUCAACAUGGAGUUAUAAUAAUGCGCAGAAACGCAGUCAUGUGAAGCGCGCGCGCUUGCAGCACUGACCGGCGCGGUAGUCGGUGAUGACUUAAGUAUUUCUUAAAUAUUACAAAAUGUCUGUACUUGCUGACACGUUGCCAAUGAUACGGAACUAAAGAAUAAAAGUAAAAUUUACUGGGGUGAUUUUAAAUUUUUACUCUGAGGGGUUUUGGAAAAUUCUUUGGGAAUCUUGUUCAGCACGAGUUGUGUACAAGACAAAUCCUGUUCCAAAAGUUCUCAGAGAAACAGCCUCUUGUAGAUGCGGUUGCCGUGCAUGUAUUAUUAGGAACCCGAGUCUCUUCUUUCUUUCGGGUUGGUUUAUCACGAGCCCUCUGUCACAACACAUCAAACCUUCAUUUUGUUUUAUGGCUGUUAAAUGAAAAAAAAUCUACUUUCUUACAAAACAUUAAGACCUUUUUAUUCACAAAGACUGAUUCGAAACAUUUCCAUAGAAUUAUUUGUUCUGAAUCCUUUGAGCGUAGAAUAUUCAAGACGAAAACUUUUUUGAUUUAAAAUAUUUCCAUGGACACACGCCAUUCUUGGUUUUCACUGUAUGUCACUGAGAAACCACAAGAAUGAGGAAUACACAAACACACAGAAAAGAAGCCAAAAUCAGCCGAUGUCCAAUCUUAGACACACAGUCAGCACAGAGAGAAACCUUGGUAAUAAUUUGUCAGAACACUAUCGCAUCACAGACGUACAAUGUGUUGACAACAACGAAACAAUAAUUGUAACAAGAACAGAAAAUACAGACAAACUCCAACCUUGGACAACACAGCAACAAACAGACGAACCCAGCGAUGAAACUAAACAAGCAUUUUAUACAACACAACGACGAUGGCACAGAUGAACACAGUAGGCUUCCUAAACAACGUUUGUCAUUUAUGAGGCCUAAUGUGUUCGACUGGGCCAUUGUCGUUGUGAUGUCCAGAAUAUUUGUUUAGUCACUGGUUUAAUUGCUGGAUUUGCCUUUGCGUCGCUGUGUUGUCGUUGAGUUGUUCAAGGUCGUUGAUUUGUCCAAGGUUGUUUUGUAUUAUCUUUGGGUUCGUCUUUUUAUCGCUGUGUUGUCAUAGUUUUGUGUUUGUAUUUUCUGUUCGUGUUAUAAUUGUCUCGUUGUUGUCAGCCCACUGUUUAUCUGUACUGUGAUAUUAUUUUUUCCAACUCCUUCCGCGGAAUUCUCUCUGUGCUAUGUGUUUGGCUGAUUUUGGCAUGUUCUCUAUGUGUCUGUGUAUUCAUCUUUCUUGUUCAUUCUUGUGAUUUCUCCAUGACAUACAGUUAAAACCAGCAAUGAUGUAGGUCCAUGAGAAUUUUUUAAAUCAAGCUUCCCCAUAGCAAGAAUUAUUCAAAGAACGUAAUUUUUUUUUUAAUUUGGGAAAUUUUUCUAACAAAAUAGCUUCGCAGCAAGAAUUUUUGAAGAAAAUAUAUAAAAAAAGAUUAUGGUAUUAGCAAUACUCUGUUAGGAAAGAUAGGAAUAGAAAAAUAACCAAUGCAGUGUCCUACGACUUACAAGCAUUUGAACGGCCAUCUGUGACUUAAGUAUCUUGCCUCCAUCUGAAUAAUAAAGUUUCAUUAUUGAUAUUUACUAUCCGUAUGCACCUCAAACAUAAUACAACAGCUAUGACUCUGCCCAGCUUGUCGACCUUCAAUGAUGGGUGUAUAAUGUACGUUCAGACUUCCUUCAGCAACUCCAACCCCCACAGUACAAGAAACCUUUUGUGCCUGUUUGGUACAAAAGGUAACUUCUAGCAUAUGAUCAACUCUUUGUACACUAAUUGCCAUGGCACUCCAAAUGGUUUGAAUUCAAUUCAAUUCCAAUUCAGUUAAUUCACUGUUAAAUGCUGUGCUUUGGGCACUGUGGUUUCAAUGAUUUGACUACACAGAAACCAGGUUGAAGAGGAAGAUUGUAGAGGCUACGUGUAUCACGAGAAAUUUGCAUCCCGUAUCUAUUUUACAGCAACUUCUCACAACAUCUAGGAAGAUUAAUAUUCCUCUGUUACUCGGCCAAUGUCCGAGAAACACACAGCUGUUCUCGCCAUUGGUCAGAAAAUCAUAUAGCCACUAAAGUGUUGACAAUUAGGUAAUUAUUUAGCAUUUGUUAAUGAUGGAUAUUCAUUCUAAGCAUUGUUUGGUAUGCAAUGACGCCAUUGCUGGCAAGAAGCAGUUCAGUCAGAACUCGGCCGCGCAACCCGGAGAUGUGUUUGGAAAUCUCACAAUGUGUCAAAACUUUACCUAAAUUUACAGGUCGAUGUUCGUUGCUUUCAACAUCUAGCCAAUAUCUAAGUGUACUAAAAUAUUCAGGAAUUAUCCUUCUAAGUGUUCUAAGACAUCUAGACACUACUACUAUAAGUGUACCAAAACAUCUAGUCACUGUCUAAGUGUAAUAAAAUCCAGGUAAUUUUCUAAGUGUUCGACAAAAUGCAGUCUACUCGUUAAGAUGUAGAUGAUACAACUGGCAACGUCAAAUCAGCGAUAAUUUUCUUAGCAAGACUAGAAACAUUUCAAGAAAGACUGAGCUAGUGAAGAAAGGUUGUUCUGUCUAUGGUAUUUAUUUUUAAUUGCAUUAUUUAUUCUAUAACUUCCUAAUAUUCAGAACGUUUAAUCAUCAGAUUGCAGUUGCUGUUGUUUAUUAUAUACUUAUCAGAUAAUGUACUAAUGAAGUAACACUUCUAAAAUAUAUUGUAAUUUCGAUUACUAACUUAAUUAAUGGUUUGAUCUGAAAAGUAGGCUAAGAGCGAGUGUGUUAGUGAGGCCAACUAAAGUAUAAAAUGACUAGUAAUAUUUCGAACUGAAUUGUACUGUGUCAUAGUGUUUAUUGUGUUCAUGGAUGUCCAGCCUGGAUUGUUGAUAUGUAUUACCAGCACUUUAUGUGUUCUCCAUUUUCACACUUCCGUUUAGCACUGGACGAUACAAACACUGCAGGGUGGUUAAGCUUCACCGUAAUUUUGUGUGUUUAUGUGAUUAUUAAAAAUAAACUGAAUAUAUGUUAUUUUUUUAAUAGCUGUAUUAAUGUCAUUUAGGCAAGAGACUUUUGACUAGUAGUGUAUCACCAAAGGGCAGCGAAUGGUGUAAUGAUUGUGUUUCAAAAGCUCUGGUAUGCAACUAAGUGUGUGCGUGAGUGUAGGAACCUUACGUAAAACAAAUAGGCCUCGUAAACAUACUGUUUGUUCAUUUGUUUGCCAUGUAUUGCUACAGUAGACACACCCUACACAAGCCAUAGUUCCCGGGACUACUAUAUGCCAUUUACAGUAUCUAAGUAAGAAACGCCAAAGGUUUCAUGGUUAUCUAUAAAACUUACAAUGAAACUGGUUUUGCUAUUUUCAGAGGCUUUACAGUCCUGCUACCAUGAAAAAUGUAAAAAUUAGAUAUAUUUUACAUUUAUAAUUUCAAUAUAUUUGGUUUUAUUCCAUUUACAUAGCUCGCUCUGUAUGUGCUAAGCAAAAAGAUUUUUAUGUUUAAGAUUAAAUCUUAAAUUAAUACAUAUCCAAAGUUUUUGGCCAAUUUAUAACUAUAGGAACAGUUUGAUAUAACUGAUACAUAGAGUGAUUUCAAACUCUUACAAGAACUCUUGACUGAAAAUGAAUUCUACCAAUUUAUACCUUAAAACCUAGCGGUAUCAUAGUUCUUGACCUGCCAUUUGAGAAAUACUUAUUGAAUGCUAUGACGUGAAGCAGGGAUGGCAACUAUCUCCUUGCUAGUGAUGAUAAAGACACAAUUAGUCCAUGUUAGCUAAAAGAGAGGAUGGCACAUUUCACAAAACUGUAGUAAUAUAGGCAUUUUUUAUAAAACUUAUAUUACAAUACAAACUACCAAUACACUUCCAAAGGUAAGUUAUCCAUUACACAUAUCCAAAAAUAAGAGUUUAGUUGCUUCAUAAAUAAAUAAACAAGCACUCUCAGACUGAAAAAAAUCUCUUGGACUAUGGAAACGUCUAAAAUAGGGACUUUUUUAUAACAUUAGAGAUUAGGUACGUACAUUAUCGUUUCUCUGUACUUAUAAUCGCAGUAAUUUUUGAUUCAGACUGGCUUGGACAUUACUUUUCUGUAUUUAAAAAAAAAAACGUUGUCCAAGCCUAAUGAAACAGCAACCUGUAGAAUUCAUUUUAUACCAACUUCCUUCUAGUGAUUCCUCGAACAACUGAUACAAUGGCUGCAGUUUUGACAGAGGCACAAAGGCUUUCCAACUGCCCUACGCCGCACUUGCUGAAGAGCAAGAAAAGAACAUUUACAGAGCUGAAGAGACAAUGGCAUGGUGGCAUUUCCGUUAGUCUCUUCCUGCAUGUCUUAAAUAACUUACUGUCACCACGUGAGGUGAAAGCCAUUGAAAAUAGGGUGUAUGAAAUGUGAUAAUGUGCGCCACUUUCAUUGUUACCAGAUGUUAUAUUUUGAUGACUUAGAUGUGCCAAGUAUGUUUUGUAUGGAGAUAUUUUGAUCUUUGUGCAGCUGAAAAAAAAUAAAAUGACAAUAGAAUGGAAGAAAAUAUUUAUAAUGUAUGUGUUGGUUAAUAAAUGUUUUGUCUGAAUGUU